UCUGCAUCCUCCUCUCCUUCUCACGAAUUUUCCUUCUCUGUCUCUCUAUACUCGUCUUCCUCAACUACAAACCCUACUAGUACUCAUAAAUCUACAACUUCACCUAAUUCAUCUGCACUUGAUUUAUCUCCUGCUGAUGACAUUUUCUUCCAUGGCCACUUGCUUCCUCUUCACUUCCUUUCCCACCUCUCUGUUUCUCCUCGUUCUUCCACCAAAUCCAUGGACAGUUUCACCCUCCCCAUCACAGAAUUAAUACAGGAUGAAAUACCCAGCAAGGAAGAUCUCUGUGGAAGCAACAUGGCCCUGGACAACUAUGAAGAAGUCAACAGUGACAACAAUGGAAGAACAAAGGAAGAAGAAGGAAGAGGCAAGUCCAAGUCUUUCUCAUUGUUCCGGUUAAGAGGGCGAAAAGGGUGUGAAGUCAGAGAUAAGGAAGAAGAUACAGAGAAGCAGAAAAAGAAACAGAAGUUUCAGGUUGUCCAUGUGUUGAAAAGGUACUUAAGAAUGGUGCAACCAUUAAUGUCGAGUUUUACAGGGAGAAGACAGAGAAUUAGAGUCCGUCGACAGAGUUAUUCGUAUUCAGAAAAUUUUAGCGUCAGAAAUAAGGCAGAAUUAAGAGGAAGAAGAGGAGAAUAUUCAGCACCAGCAUCAAUAAGGACAUCUCCAAGUAAUAGUGGCCUCCUCCUUCCUACUAUGACUCUUCCUCCUGCUAAUGAUAGUACCAUGGAAGAGUUGCAGGCUGCCAUUCAAGCUGCAAUUGCUCACUGCAAAAACUCAAUUGCAAAAGAAGAGAAACUCAAAUGCUGAGGGACGAAGAUGUCGUACUUGUAUUUACUUUUUAUAUUAUUGUUUUCACAUCUUCACAAUCAGCCAAUAUCACUCCUUGAUUGUUUAUAAAUAAAAUCUUAUAAUUAAGAGAGGAGAUAGUAAUUAAGGACAAAAAAACUUGUUCUGUUGGACUCAUGCCCUUAAUCAGCAACUGGGGUACUCGGAUAACCAAGAAUUAUAAUUUGCCUUUUCCAGCCCU